AUGAAUUAAAUUUAGUAAGACACUGAAGAGCCAAUCUCAAAAUUAAAUCAGUUGAUGUUAACGGAUGAGCCAAUCGGUGAAAUUUAAGAUUUUCUCAAUUACUCAUUAUCAGAUGGCAAUUUCUCAAUUCAAGGCUCAAGAGUCAACACUAAUAAUAACAUUCCUAGUUAAAGUUCUAAACAUAAAGCUCAUGAAUCUAAGAGAGUUACUUUUGAUUCUUCUCUUAGCAGCCCAACGAAUAAGUUUCUGAUGAAUAAGAAAAGCUUAAAAACUUCAGAACUUCAAUAAUUCCCAUAGCAAUAAAUAUUUAGUGUAAUUUAAUUUUGUUUUAUAAAACGAUUUAUUAACAGAAUAAGUUGGAAAAAGAAAAUCAAUUCGUAAUUCAACCUUUAUUAAUACAAUAUUAUUCAAGAUUUAGGGUCUUCAUUUAAUUUAAAACUGUUUCGUGAUAGUGCAUUGAACUUGAAACCCAUGGUAAGCUAAUUUAGCCAAUCGCCUGAAGGGUUGUAGUAAUUUGUUAAAAAAAAAGAAUUAUCAAAUAAGAUCAAAACGUAAAUCACGUAUUUAAAGACUUGCAAAGAUAACUUAAUAAAAAAAUUAGAAUAAGAAAUUGAGAAAAUUCCAUUGAUUACUCCUGAAUCCAGAUUGAAAAUAGUGUGGGAUUGUAUAGUAAUGAUGAGUAGACUCUAUUUUCUCUUUGUAAUUCCAAUUGAUCUAGCAUGGGAUAAAUAUUAGAUCAUAUAUGGUGAACUCUAUAUACCAACCAUACUUAUGAUUCUCCUAUUAGUCUUUGAUUUCAUUUUGAGUUUCAAUAGUUCCUUUUAUUAAUUUGGAUAAAUUGUGAGCAAUAGAGCAACCAUAGCUAAGAACGUAAUCAGUAAAAGCUAUGGUUUGGAAGCAAUAUCAAUAUUGAUUCUUAUCAUAUAUGCUAUGAUUUCAAAAUCAUCUUAAUAUGAAUUCAAUUUAUUAACAGAUUGGAAUAUUCCUAAAUUGAUUAGCCAAGUUGAAGAAACUCUCAAUUUAUCAAAACCAAGUAGUUCUUUAUUGGAAUUAUUCAAAUUACUAUUAGUGUUAUUUUUUGUUUUACAUUGCUACUCAUGCCUUUGGUAUUUUGUUGGUUAUUAUAGUUAUUUAUAUUCUGAAAAAGGAAGUUGGUUAGAAUUCUACCAUGUUGAACAUGAAACCUGGUAAGUACAAUAUUUGUAUUCAUUUUACUUCUCGACAGUUACAAUGUUUACAAUAGGGUAUGGAGAUGUCGUACCAAUCAGUUAUUUAGAAAGAGUGGUAGCUAUCCUGUAUAUGAUGGUAUGCAGUAUUCAAUUGAGUUACAGUGUCAGUACUGUGGGGACGAUUAUUGAUACUAUUUCUGCUUAUGGACAGGAGAAGAUGAGAAAAAUGAGAAAAAUAAAUUCAUACAUGCAAAAUCGAAAGAUUGAAUAUCAAUUGCAAUAUUAGAUUAGAGAAUACUUAAAUUACUAUUGGGAAUCAUAAAAUUAAGUUGAGAAUGAUGAACUCAAUGAUAUCAUGAAUCAAUUAUCAGAGAAUCUCAAAGAGAAAUUGAUGAAUCAAUCUAAUUCUUUGAUUUUCCAAGAAUGUCCACUCUUUAAGAAUAAUUUUAGUGAUGCCUUAAAAUCAAAAUUAGUUAAUAAAAUAAAAUAAGCAGUAAUUCAACCUGAGAAUAUUAUAAACUUUGAUUCUAUAUUUCCUUAAUAAACACCAGGAUAGUUAUUUGUAUGUUUUGUUGAAUAUGGAGAGAUCCAAAUCUUUAUUUAAAAUGAUUCAGUUGAUUAAGUUCUUGAUAAUCCUUAAAUUGCUGAGGUAUUUAAGGUUGGCAAAGGUUCUAGCUUAGGUAUUAUUAGUUUCAUAAGUGGCAAAUAAUCCUAGGAGAGAUUUAGGAGUGUAGGUUUUUCUAAAUUGCUUAUGCUUUCUAGAGAUGACUUUUUAAAAGUCAUACAGGAUUUCCCAGAGGACUAUGAAAGAUUUAGGAAUCUUUAUGAUAGUCUAUAAUUUGAAGACCUAAGCGCUUUACAAAUGAAAUGUUUUAGUUGCAAUUCAAAAGCUCAUAGAGUUCUUUAAUGUCCCUUGUUGCAUUAUAUUCCUGAUAAAGAAUUGAUUAUAAAAAGAUUUUGUUACAGUCAAUCAUAAAAUAGGAAUUCUAAAUAUGGGAGAAAUCCUUUUAGGUAAAGAGGAUACUUUGCAGCCCGUUUUGAUUAAGAAGUAAUAGAACAAGAAGCCAAUUCAUUUAAUAAUAAUAAUUGGAAGUGGGCAGAAUUUUAUGAAGAACCAGAAGAAGAUUCCUUAAAGAAGAGCGAUAAUCAUUAGUAAUAAAUUGGGCCUGUUUAAGAAUAAAGUAAUCAAAAUUUGUAGACAUAAUUAUUAUAAUAAUCACAAAAUAUCAUAAACACCAUUUAGCCUGUGUCUGAUCAAUCCUCCAAUUCCAAGAUCAAUUUAGAACUUCCAACUAUAAAAAAAAAGGCCACAUUAUUCAAAUAGAGAACAAAAACAAUAGAAUUAUUAGAUAUUGAUGAUAAAUAACUUAAGGCUACUCUUAUGAGUAAAGCUAGAAAUUAGAAUAUUUUCAAUAAUAAUCUUAUGAUAAUAAAAGAAGAAGACAAUCAAGAAAACUCCCCAAGGGAGAAACCUAUGUUAGGUGGUUAAAGUAGGGGAUCCUUUAGUUUAGAUUUAUUUAAGAAGAAACCAAAGGAAAACUUUCAGAAAAUGAAGAAAGUCGUUUAAAUGAUUACGAAUAUGAAUAGAAUGAAAAAAAGAUAAAAAUUAAAAAAGGAAACAAAAUCAAUUAUCAAUCAAUUCUUAGAGGUGAUGCAAUCUUAGCAAUUACUUAAAGGAUUAUUAGCAAAAGUUCGAAUUAGAAUAAAGCAAAUAUAGGAUGGAAAGAAACAAAUCUUGCAAGAAAAGGACAUCUAAGAUACUCUGUUAUUAGAGAUUAAAUUAAAAAUGGAAAUUGAGUAAAUAAAUGAAUAUCAACAGAAAGAUCAAGAUUAGAUUAUGGAAUCUUAUAAGAAGUAUAAAUAUUAUUAGAUUUAAAAUAACUUAGACUAAAUCUUAGAAAAGAUGUACUUUUAUAAGCAACAAAAUACAUUCGAUAAUUAAUUAAAGAGUUACUAAUCUAAAUUACUACAAUAUAUGAUUUAUCCUGAAAUAUUUUUUGAAAAAUAUAGGUAUUAAUAAGUUAUAAUUCCAAAAUUUGAAGUAGAAGAAUCAAGAAGAGGUUCAGAGUAAGAUUCUGAACGUACUCUAAAAAGAAGUCGCAUGAUUAAAAAGAGUUUUAGAAAUCUAAAGCUGUCUCAAAUCAGGCCGAUGUCAGAUGGCACUGGAAAGUUUUAGAUGUGA